GUGCACUCAAAUUCAUAGCAAAAUUGUGUUUUUCCAAAUCAAUCGUUUGUUUGUUUAAAGAUCAACUAAGUGAAUUAAUGUAACCUUUCUUGAAUAUACAGUACAGUAGUUGUAAUGAUUUUGUAUAAAAUGUUUUAAGUUGAAAUUCAGAAUCGGAUGCACUGCAAUUAUACACUUCGCUCAUUUGGACUUCCUUGCAAGCUGCUUGACAUUUGCUUGGGUAAUGUCACUUUCAAUCGUAUUUGACGCCACGUGCUAAAAACGUGGAUCACGAGCAACCAUGUGGGUCCACAAUGAGACAUGUCAAAGAAGUUAGAUCGCUGCAACAUCGUGACGACUUUACCGUAGACUCAUUGAAGACUUGUGAGCACGUUUUGUAAACACACCUAGCUUUUGCAAGCUACAGCUAAAGUUGGUAAACAUGAGCACCGGCCAAGAUCACGGUACUGUCAGCGUUAGUGAUGGCAAACCGGGCUCUGCCGUAUCAUUCGCCGAACACGUCCAGCGGGUUUUCAAACAUGUAAAGGUAGAAAACCUGGUGGCAGGAUUAAGCGGGGGAGUUGUUUCAACGCUGGUGCUUCAUCCUCUCGACCUGGUCAAAAUCAGGUUUGCAGUGAGUGAUGGCUUGGAAUUAAGACCCAAGUAUAAUGGCAUACUGCAUUGCAUGAAGAGUGUGUGGCACCAGGAAGGACUGAGGGGACUUUAUCAAGGAGUGACCCCCAACGUGUGGGGUGCUGGAGCCUCUUGGGGUCUCUAUUUUUUCUUAUACAAUGCAAUCAAAGCUUACGUAAAGGAAGGUCGCCAGACUGAACUGAGUGCUUCGGAGCACCUCGUGUCUGCAGCUGAAGCAGGCAUUUUAACACUCACCAUAACAAACCCCAUUUGGGUAACCAAGACCAGGCUUGUAUUGCAGUAUAGUUCUGACCCAAACACUAAACAGUACAGGGGGAUGCUGGAUGCCUUGUUCAAGAUCUACCGCGUGGAGGGGGUGUCAGGCCUCUACAAGGGUUACAUUCCUGGUCUCUUUGGAACAUCUCAUGGUGCGCUGCAGUUCAUGGCCUACGAAGAGCUGAAGAGAGACUACAAUAAAUACAAGAAAUUUCCUUCAGAUGCAAAGCUGAAUCCUUUGGAAUACAUCACAAUGGCGGCACUGUCUAAAAUAUUUGCGGUGGCUACGACAUACCCAUAUCAAGUGGUGCGAGCUCGACUGCAAGACCAGCACAAUAGAUACGACGGCGUUAUCGAUGUCAUUAGGAGGACUUGGAGGAAUGAAGGCGCCACUGGGUUCUACAAAGGGAUCGUCCCCAACCUGAUUCGUGUCACUCCAGCAUGCUGCAUUACAUUUGUAGUAUAUGAAAAUGUCUCCCGCUUCCUGCUUGGCACAAGUUAGCAAGAUCCAUCAGUAAAAAGAAAAAAAAAAAAGACACACAAUGAGGUUAUAAACACAGUAAGACUGAACGGCCAGUCAGACUAUCGGUACCUGGCACAUGAACCUCAGUGCAUGUACUGAGUGUUAACACUGAAAAGGAAGGCUUCAAGUUGUAUUGUUGAUCCUCUCAGUGCGGUUGAGUGAUUACUGGCCAGUGCUGCAAGUUUGUGCUACACCCUUGAAGAUGUACUGUCAUAGCAAUGCAAGGAGGUUAUUUUUACACAGAGGAAUAAAUGUCUCCAAAUGACUUAAAUAAAUUAAAAGUGGCAGCUGAUCAAUGAAAGUCCUCAAGCCAAACAAUGGAACAUUAAAAUGUGAAUUUUCCCUAAUUCACUUGAGGUAAAAAAAAAAAAAAAAGCUGCUUGUUAUAACAUUAAUAUAUUUAUUUAGAUAUCUGGUGUAUCAUGUCUGUUUUUUUUUUCUUUUGCUAUAAACAGAAACUGCACACUCA